GGUGGAGAGAGUGUUCAGUGCACAUGUGUGACAUUAGCAGAAAGCAGUUUUAACAUUGACAUGGAGGAUAAAAACAAAGAAAGAAAACAAAGAAAGACUUACGAUAAGAUUAACAAUGAGGCAAGCUGUUUUCAUCCUCACCACCACUGCCAUCAUCAUCGUCAUCAUCAACAACACUGGAGCAGUUUUGUCCAACCGGAAAAAAAACCCUGCUGAUAAACUGGACAUGGCAAAGGAUUCUGUUGAUGACCAAUUUAAAGGCUGCGAUGAAGAAACCUACAAACGGGUAAUGGACAAGAUCCUAGAUGAUGAGUUAAAUAAAGAUGCAGAGUUUAAAAGACUUUGGAAUGAAUACUCAAACAUUAAGGAUCCUUUUACAAGAAUAAUAAAGGUCUACACCGGUUCAAUAGAAAUCCACUCAAAAUUCAAUGAUGCUGUCAAAUCAGGAAAAAACUAUUACCCCCAAAAAUUCAACUACAUAUCCUUUCAUUUCUUGCUAACACGUGCCGUACAAAUUCAUAAAGUGAAAAAGUGUAUUGAUGUUUUCCGUAGAACCGAUGUUAGUUUUGAGACACCCAAGAUUAAUGAUGUAAUGCGAUUUGGCGGGUUUGCCUCGAGUUCACAUAGGGAUGACUUGACAGAUUUUGGCAGGAAAUCCUGUUUUAAAAUUAACACAUGCUAUGGUGCAGACAUAGCCGAACUUUCUGUGAUGCCUAAAGAGAAAGAGGUGCUAGUCCCACCUUUUGAAAAAUUUACUAUCACAAACAUUGAAAAAAACCAGAUGAAAUGCGAAGUCAUUUACACUCUAAAGAGUGUGGAAGCUAUUAGCAAUAUGAACUGCAAGCUGGUUCAAAAGCUCUACUGAAGUGUUGAUGUUUUUAUAGCACAACCACUAACAUGACUGGAUAAUUUAAGGCCAUGAUGUAAUGUGUUCUAAGCAUGUAUUGAUGUCAAGGAUAUACAUUAUUUGUUAUUACAUUAUAAAAUUGCUCAAUAAUAAUGACAACACUCACUCACUCACUCACUCACUCAUUUUCUACCGCUUAUCCGAACUACCUCGGGUCACGGGGAGCCUGUGCCUAUCUCAGGCGUCAUCGGGCAUCAAGGCAGGAUACACCCUGGACGGAGUGCCAACCCAUCACAGAAUAAUGACAACAUUGUAAUUUUAACUAUUUUGUCUGAGCUUUUGUUUGAAUGGAAUUUAAUGUCUAAAUGCUUUUGAAAUUAAAAGACAUCUGGACCAUA